GGCUGCCAUGAUACGCUUGUCAACAACUUCAGUGUGGUGGUGCGAUAGUGAUUGCGCGUAGUGUUAUUGUUUUGUGAGAAAAAUUGUUAAACCUAACUAAAUCGUACAUUAUUGUCACAAGUUUUAUGUUUAAUUUUAAGUUUACUUCAUAGUUAUUGUUUUUUUAGUGAAAUAUGUCCUUCUCAAGAGCGAUACCGUCUGAUGCUAUGAGCUGCGGGUUGCAGGCUGGCAGCGGUAGCGGACGACGACUGUGAAAUCGUUCGUAGUGGUUGUUUGCGUGCCUAGCUACAGCGAGGAAAGGCGCCACGUGUGGACCUGCGUACGCCCGGGGGCAGGCGCUCUGCGCCGCCCCACAACUGCAUAUAUUCCCACCAGAUGGUUUAUUGACAACGGAGCCAGCUAAGCAUGAUGUAGAGUUGAAUCCGCAUAUCAUUCCGCCGGACCCAUUUGUGUCAGACGAUUGUUUCAAUGAUUUUUCACCGGUACAUCCAUCUUUUAUUAACACGACUUUAGAAGAAAACAUGAUGAAUCCGGGGGCAGAUGAACCAUCGUCUGGAUUAAAUGGAAGGCUCAGGCCCAGGAAGUCGAACAUUCCCAGUCCGCAACCUACCAAACUCGUCCGAAAGUCUGAAGGAAAAACUGGCCAAGAAAAGGCUAAGCGAACUAGUGCCGCAUCCAAAACGCCGCCAAAUAAAACAGAUGAUCUCGCAACAAAGUCUGAUUCUAUACUUUUAUGUCCAUAUUGUGACAAAAAUUUUGCUUCUAAACAAACCUUGUCGAAACAUGUGCGGCGAAUGCAUGCACCAAGUUCGAAGCAGGACAGCUUCAUCGCCUGCCUGUUUUGUGGCCACUACGAGGCCGAAGCGAACGACAUUAUUCGCCACAUGACGGAAACGCAUCCCCAACAGUACUUUGCUUGUCUGAACUGCCAUACACGAUUUACCUCCUCGGUCGAACUUGCUGUACAUAAAAAUAAGUCGUGCGAAUCCAAGUUACCUUAUCGCAGCAGGCUUCGUCAGAAAAUUUCAACGGGUUCAUUAAAAGAAUCGCAUAAAGAUGAAUUUGGAAAUGACAGUAAGGUUUUCACUGACGGACACAGCUUUAAUGGAGUCGUGAUUUCUUGCGAACUGAAACCGUCUCUAGUAAGCGAUGGUGCUGACAUUGAAGAUAACAUAACAACGAAUUUAAUUUUGCCUCCGAGCAAGAGUCUAGGUAGCAGUACGGUAAUAGAGAAGAGCGCUGUUAUCGUGUUAGACGACAUUCAGUGGAAUAAGCGAAUCCCCCCCAAUUUCUCGUUUCAUAACACUGACGCUGACCAGAUUCUUUCGCGGUUGGGUGUCGUGCAUCGCUCGCCUAGAACGGGCGAGUCCACUAAGAAAGAUUGGAAAAACUUAGAUGAGACGACACAAAAGUUCGAAAAGUGUUUCGACACUAGUUUUUACUCUAAAGUGGCAAGUAACGUCCAGGAAAAUUUAAGCAAAUUUUUGGAUGGUUCUUUCAAUUUUAACCCAGAUCCAGACAGUACUAUUAAAACUAGGAAGUCGAAGAAUAGUGUUGUCAUUAAUACUGCAGAAGGAUUUCCCAUACUCCUCGCAAGUGAGCAGUAUUCACGUAACGCCUUUGAUCGGUAUAUGCCCCGGGCGAUUGCUCCAAAGCACAAGUGGAAAUGGGACAAUUUAGAAAGCGAAAAGGGUCCUAUAAAUCCCGACCAAAUUAAGCGCGAUUCGCACACAAAUAAUUGCAUUAUAUCCUUGGUCUCCAGUUUAGAUAUCUGGACACAACUACGUAUGAGGCGAAAAUUCGAAGAGAAAUUUGGCUGUCCACCGCUCGAAAAAAAGACUGAAAAGCAAACAAUUAUAAGUAACGAGCUGAAAGACAUACUAGAAAGCAGGGAACUUCCAACUCCAUUAUCGCAAGUAAUGAAAAUUACAAAAAAGGCAGCAGAAAGCACCGGGCGGGGCGACUUCCCCUUGUCGUUGGGACUCACGCCCUCCACCUCCACUUAUGAGCUGCAGCCGGCCGUGCUGAGCGGUGAGUGGGUGCGCCCGCGCUGCUAUGUGUGCUGCGCGUGCGGUGAGCAGAGCCGCGACGCGCGCGCUGUCUCCGCGCACGUCUCCACGCACCAUCCUAACGCCCAAGUACAGCAUUAUGAAAUUGUUGGGGAGCAGCUGUUGAACGCGGACAUAUUGAAGCAUCUCUAUGUGCCGCCUAGUCAGAUGUGCAAUCGGACGCGCCCUCCUCGGGGUUUCAGAGAGUGUACCAAGUGUAGAAAAUCCAUUACGCUCGAUGAUUUGCACCAGCACAUGUUGGACUGUGCAGGAGACACUCCAGCCGUGCGUAGGAAAUGUCGAUAUCGGCCUUUUGGAGUACGACGUCGCCGCUCGCGUCUACCGGAUAACACCAUAAGAAAAAAGAUUCGUAAGGAUAUCCGAACCAGACAGACUAGGCCGAAGACCCUUAUGAGACCUCGACCCAUUAGAACCGAAGUUGGGGACGCUGAAACAAUUAGAAAAAUGAUAGCAGACUUGCCCGCGAAGCGUCACCGGGUACUCGUAAAUCCAAUGAACCCAUCUUUACGGCCUCGCAUUAAACAAAGGCCAAAAAUUUUAAUGAAGAGUCGCCCGUCUGAAGAUCGCAGCAAACGUAUAAAACGAAACAAGGAAAAUAGCGAAACUCGACCGAGACCAGGUACACCCGCUAAUGACGCCACGUCGGCCAAAAGCGACGAAGAUAGCAAACCAUUAAAACCCAAAAUGAGACGUGUGGCAAGCAAGACUCCACGACGAUCCGAACCUGAUAAGAGAAAAACUACAGUGCUCACCAGAGCAAAACGACCCAACCGCCAAGUAAAAAAAGUAGGAAAAAACGAUAGCAUUAUAGAUGCAACCAAUACUGCUUGCAGUUCAAAAACCGUUAUUACGGAGGACAUACCGAUUGAAAAUUCGCCACAAAAAAUCAAUGUCAAUAAUGAUGAAUUUAAAACAAGAGAACAUGCUGGGCAAGGUCAAGGCAACUCAAACAACCGUGGCGGGCAGAGAGCUGGGAAUAGUGGUCAAAAUGGCAAUUCAGGAAAUCGCUGUGCCCCGGCUUCAAACAUCCCGCUUAAACAUUCAAUAGCUCGCCUGACCGCAGAUUCGGAAAAGCAUGACAAGUCUGUGCAGUUUCACCAUCUCUUCCUAAUCCAGCAAGAAUGUAACAAUGUUAAUCAACAUGUCCAGUCAGGCCAACAUCUACUAUUUGAAAACGAAGCGGCAGUUCUCACUCUGGAUAAACCUCCUUUACACUACAACAAUAAAGGGCCACUAGAUGCUCUACAAAAGAGUAAAUUGAAUAAGCCCCGAAAAGGACUCAACGCUUGCAUUGCAAUGCUGAAAAAUAAAUUAGUUGAGCCCGCUGCCGAAUCAACUAUACCUGCAGGCCAUGUUUCCGUGCAAUGUGGUGAUGACGAACCGCUCUAUACAAAACCUGAUACUCUAAAGCCUGAUUCUGCUACUUUAGUAAGUAAUGUCGAAAAUGUGACAAUACUGGAAACUAAAAUUGAAACCAGUCAAAAUAAGAGUGUUUCACGUGAACGUGAAGUAGAAAAGUUUCAAUCUUCCAAACAGGAUGCAAAAAAUACUUCUCUUGAGACGGUUGUGAUGCCAGUUCAAUCGCCCAAUCAGGAUACAAAAAGCAUCCAAGGCAAUGUUAUAGAUAAACAUCAGAUAACAUUGCAGAAAGAUGAAGUCACAAUGUCAGAGAAACAACUGGAUGUUCCGGUAAAAGGUUUGCCGAGCCGCCGAAAAUCGAUGGUCAAUGAGGUUAAAACAAUCGAAUUACCUUCUCAACCUCUUCCAACACCGCAAGCUACUGCAUCAAAUGCUCUUACUGCUCCUGAAACAGAGGUUUCCCUUGAAGUCGUUCCCGUGGUAGCUAGAGUUCCCCCUCUGGAAAAUUCUAAGCGUCCAAAAGAAAAAAGUGUUACAAAUAAGUGGCCAAACACAGUUACCAACACUGGUAAAGAUGAGCAAAACACAAAAUCUAAUGAAGGUUGGCCUAACAACCAACAGUCAUCUUUAGUAAAAACGUCUAAUACCUCGAGUAAUCACACUUCUGAAGGAAAACAAGUGUUACCUGAACUUACUAAGCAAACUAUGACAAAUAACCAAACCUCUACAAACGAGAAGAAACUCACUAUAAAGGAACAUAGUAAUGAAUAUUACGGAAAUUGUUUGAAUCCACAACAGCAAACCAAUCAUCAUUCAGAUUCAGAAUACAGCCGUAAAGUGACUGUUAAGAAUUUUCCUAGUGCAGAAUUUAAUCAUGUUCCGGUUAACAAUCGACCCGCACACGCGAGUACUCACAUUGAGUCUAUCAUUUCGAUUCCACUUGAUCUAUCCGGAAAAGCAAGCAACGUCAAUGCCUCACAAGAUUUGUCAAACACUCAAAACACUUAUUUGCUAGGAACUUCUUAUGACACUUACGAAACAUUAGAUUUAUCGAACAAAAGCCAGGACUUAGAAUAUAGAGAGGAGACAAUUUCUUUACCUAACGACGAAAUUGUUGAUUUGAGCUUAAAAUCUUCACAGUUAAAGUCGGCUGAAGUUGACAUUUUAAGUAAAGAUGACGUCACCGAUUUGUCCCUCAUAAGUUGUUUCGAUGUUCCAACAGACCUCACGGUUAAGAAAAAAGUAACCGAUAAUUCCACGAAACCUUUUGUGGAAAUUUCAAAUCCCCCUGCAAGUCGAGAAUCAGCACCGAAAAGAGAUAUACGCAAUCUCGAUAAAACUGUGAAGCCUCAAACCGAUAACCAAAUCUGCCAGUUGCUCCCUACAGACCUCAAUAUUAAAGACAAGAAAGUUAGUUCCAUCAAUAUGUCUACAUCAAAAGAAAAUGUAAAUAUAAUAGACACAGUGCCGCCAUCUAAAUCCGAGAAUUUUAUGAGCGUUGUUACAGAAAACUCAUUAGAGAAAGAUCAUGAAAAUUUACCAUCUGAUUUAACAUGCCAACAGAGAACUGAAGAUAUUUUGAAAGAACCCUCUACACAACAACAAACUGCUGCAUCGUUUGGUAAAAAAGAAGAUGAUGCAGAUAAAAACCAAGAAAAGUAUUAUCAAGUACAUCCACGAACUUGCGACAGAACAUUUCAAAUACAAAAACCUAUUUACGAUCCCACGUUGAAAAUACCGCAAUAUAAGAUAAGAGUCGCAGCCACUGUUGAUAAUCCACCCAACAAAGACCUACUUGCUACUAAUAGGACGUCACCUCCAUCUUUUCCGUUGAUUACUAAUUACUCUGACUCAACCCAAAAUUAUACUCUUACCACGACAUCAGAAGGAAAAAUUUCGCUUGGCGUUCAAGAUCAAUUAACGUUUACUUUUGGAACCGCACCCCUUAUUGCUAGUUCGAAUACUGCUAAUAUAUACGCUAUAACGAAUGCUGGGAUAACAUCGCAUUUAAAUAAAUUUGAGAGCACUACGCCUGUGUACACAUUAGAUAAAGCGUGUAUUUCUGUUACCAAGAUUGAAUCUACGAAUUCGACAACCUUGACAAAUACUCUGUUGAGUAUACCUGGAACCACUAUAGCAAAUACUACACCCGUUUAUACAUUGGCUGGAACUACUAUCGGUAUACAAGGAAAUUAUUCUCACCUUGUAUCCCAGGUUCCUACUAAUUCAGCAAACCAGAAAAGUGAUGUAAAAAUCCUUCCUGGUACCAGCACUCAAAGUAAGACAUAUGAAAAAGAGUUAGAAUGUCAUAAAGAGAAAGUCGUUAGUACAAAUGUAUUGUCGAAUGUGGACCAAGAUCCUGAAACAGCUAGAAAAAUUGCCCUUUUACCUAAAGAACUGGUUGACGUCCUGGGUAACAUGCCUGUAGACCACCGAAACAGACUACUUAAUAUUUUGCCACAUUAUGUGUCAACAUCAACCUCGGAUAGUGGCUUAAAAACCGAACUUUCUAAUCAGUCUGAAUCUACUGGCAAGGCAACAUUACCAGAGCCGAACGAAGUAUCUAGUCUACCGAGAAAUGAGCAAGAAUCAGAAUCAAAAAUGACUUCUCCACUUCGCUCGUCUAAUUCUGGUAAAUCAAAUAUUGAAAACACUGUAUCACGGCCGCCAUUAGUACACCCUACCACGUUGUCACUUAAUCGUUCCAUUAAUUCGGAUGUAGUCGCAGAUGAAUCCUACACUAUACAAGCGAAUAACAUUUCCAAAGAUGAACCUGAAACUGAAGCAAUUAUUACAAAAUCGGAUGCACUAUCAGAAAAUGCUUUAACUGCGUCGGCUACAAAUAGAUUGUCUAUAAGCCAUAGUGUAUCGGUGGAUAAGAUCAUAGAUUUGACAGAGGAUGAAGCUGGGAUACGCGCUGAAAUACAUAACGAACCUAUUGUAGAAGUGCCGCCUCAGAUGUCAUUAAUAGUACAACCCAAACGUAAUAAAAGCAACAACGACCAAACAGCUAGUCUAAGAGCAGUCCGCAUCAAAGCUCCAUCUGCAAGACAAAGGUCAAUUGACAGCCAACUGGCAAAAUAUACGUCUAUGGCACCUGUAUUAACUAAUAAAAUUAACAACAAUGAGCACGACAACGAGGUCGAAAAGUCUUUAAAUGUUAAUGUCUCAUUGAAGACUGACAUUUCUCUAGCCAUUCAACAAGCAGAAGUUAGCAGCACUCAACACAGUAACAAAACUGUAGCUGCGGAAUGCAAGUUUCCUUCUGUAACUUCGCCAAAUGUGCAGGAAUCCAAUUUAGACGAAACAAAUAGCUGCACUAGAAGGCUCUCAACCGCGUCUAAAGACGAAAAUAUAAAAAUUGAUGAUAUACACAAUAUAAAAUCUGUUGUUAAAACCACUCUCGUUACGUCAUCAGUUGUGAAUAACGAAAUUAACAAGGAUCCGCUCCAAGUAAUUACUAAGGAAUAUAUUUCACUUAAUAGUGACCUCCCAGAUACUAAAUACAUACAUAGUAAGAAACUAGAUAUAUCGUCGGAAGAUAGCGAAGUAACCAAGAACAGUAAUAGUGCAGCUAUUACGAAAUCGAGCUUAGAUAUUUCUGAAUCGUAUGACUUUCCAGUUAACUGCUCCACACCAAAGACUGGAAAGGAAACGGAAGUUCUAAUGACUUCACCAGAACGUCGCAUAUCAGUUGCAAGUGAAGUUCAAGAGGAUUCCGACGAUGAUUUGUCAUUGGCAGUCAUUUGUAAGCAAAAACAGAAAAAUCUUCUAAAAAUAGAUCCAGUUAAGGAUUCAAAUAAUUCAGAGAAAGAUGAAGGCAUUGCUAUCAAGAAAAAGGGAAAGAAAAAUAAGAAAAACGAGAAUAAUAUACUUAAGGCACGUGAUUCAUCACUGAGUAAUAAUAAUACAGUAAUAACAGUUUCCCUGGAUAAAGAGAAAGCAAUAUCCUUUAUAGCCAAGGAAAGUGAUAAACGUUCAAUAAAGGUACCUGUCGAGGGAAGCCUCAAACAGAAACAUCGCAAACUUCGACGUAAAAACAUUACGCAAAAUACGCAAUCAGAUACAAUCGACGCAUCACCAAAGUCUGUUCUGAACAGCGUUGCGGUCGAUAACAAGAACGACGAAGUCCGUAAAGACGAUAGCGUUAUAGAUGAAAACACUAACCUUAACAAUGAUACAAAACUGUCUAUUGGCACAUCAAGAAAACGUUCACAAGUAAACGAAGAAAAUGAGACUAUCAGUGUGCACAGAGUACAGGAAGAGAUUGAUGAAUCCAAAACUAAAGCAUCGCCUGUAAAACAAAAGAAUAAGAAAAAGAAAAGGACUCCGACAUCACAAUCAGACGGUGUAACUAGUCAAAAUCAAGAAGAAAAGGGUAAUGAAAUAACUGAAACUACCAGUGAUGAGAAAAAUACAACAGAUCCGUCGGGAUCAGCAAAUACAAAAGAACUCGUUUCAAAAGUCUGUCCGGAUACCGUUAUCACGGAGAGUUUACGCUCAAUUGGAUCAAAUAAUAUAGAUAAAACUAGCCUUUCUGCCGUUGUCGUUCCUUUGACGUCCUGUUCUAGUCUUGAAGAAGCCAGUAACAUGACAACUCCAUUACGACGCAGCAGACGGGUAAGAUCACGUAAUAAUUCAGUUGCCGGAGAGGAGUUGCAUGUUGACACUUUGCAGGAAAAUAGAACUCCACUGACAAAAAAACAGUUAAUAUUUUCCAAAUUAUUACUAGAUGAGGAAAAUAAUGUGAAAAGUCCUGAAAGUGAUAACGUUGACGGUGAUAAAAGUUGUGCUGGUGAAAACGUUGACAGUUUAAGAAAAACUUCAACGUUGGAAGUUGUCACAGAUAAUGUGGUCGAAGAUACCGUUCCUGUUGAUAGUAACAUCAAAGAGAAAAACAAAUCCGUCAAGCGUAAAAAAUCGGCGAAUAUAAAACGCAAAUUUAAGAGGAAAAAGCCUAUUACUCAAUUUACUUGCGGUGAAGAUAGUAUUGAAGAAGCUACUGAUGUUACUCUGCAAGGUCAGACCAAAGAUGGUGUUACAAUAUCACACGAAGACCAAAUACCUUCAGAACCACUUGACUGUUCUUUCGACGAUGCUGAUGUCAGUGCUCCAUCCACUUCUGAGUCUACCUCAUUAACAGCAGCAAGCCUAGAACCAAUUGAAAUAGGCGCAGCGGUAUCAAUUGAAAAGCGCAAAAGCGGCGAUUUGCCUCACGUUGAACUGUUACAAAGUUCACAGCCCAAAAAAAUUAAACUAAAUGCCACUGAAGACACUUCAGAUGUGCAGUGUAUUGAAAACAAGGAUCAGUCAAAAUUCGAGAAAGAGCCUUUAAUAACAUCACAUGGCAUACACAGUACAAAUGACACAUUAGACAGUACCAUUAGUAAUACGAAGAAUGUGAUUGAAGAACCUGAUACUAUUCCUAAAACAUGCUUAGAUGAAGAAAAACAUAUAGCACCUAAAAAUAGUGAAAAUUAUUCUCGUAUAAAAACAUGUUACAACACGCCGGCCGCUGGAAGACGUACGCGGUCAAAGUCCGCUGUUAUUAAGUCGGUGGUUUAUGAUCCAUACGAUAUUGAUAUGGACGAUAUGAUUGAACACGCAGAGCCAUUACGACAACGUAAAACAAGCACUGAAUACAGAUCAUCAACCAAUCCUAAACAAUCUACUUCUUCUAAAGAAACUAAAAGUGUAAAGGUUUGCGAAGAGGAUGGUAAAAAAAUUCGAUCUUUCUCUAAACAUGACGGAAGUGAUUCUGACGACUCAUCGAAAAGUGAUGUACCAUUGAAAAAAUAUGUGGAAGAAAAGGAAAAGAAAAUAUGCGGUGUAGAUAAAUCCCUUUCAAGCCACAAAAAUGACGUGGAAAAUGAGGUUAACAGUAAUUUGAAGUUAAGUAAAAAGAGUUCUGUUAUUGAUAAGAAGAAUAGACGUACGCUAGGCGUUUGUAACACUGAUGAAGGAGUAGUUCAAGACGAAACAGAACAACAAUUGCGAUCGGAACAAUUUAUGGAAAGUUUUGGGUUCUUUUCAGAAAGGAAGCCUCGAAAGUCGAAUUUAUUAGCGACAAAAAAGAUAUCAGAAACAUUUCAUAUUAUUGCUAAUGAAGCCGAAGAUAUGUUAUAUCAAGAGCGAAAUUCUAAAAAAGACCGGAACAUGCAAAAUGAAAAUAGAAAAUCAGUUGAUAGGGACAACAAUUCAAAAUGUACAAGGCAAAGGUCACCCCUAUCUAAGAAACCUGUCAAAAAAGGUCGAAAGAAAAAAAAUUCAACUACCGCCACAACACCGAGUUAUUGUAAUAUAUGUAAGAAAGAGUUUCGUCGCUCUGACAAUUUCCUUAGGCAUCAAAUGACCCUCUUACAUGUUUCCAAAAUGUCAGAAGUGGAAAUGAAAAUUAAAACGGUUCCCAUUCAAGAAGAGCCAAACUAUUUAAUAGCCUAUAAAGAACAUCUAGAUCGUCUCAAAAUUAUCACCGACAAGAUGUUAAAACGCAAGAAAAACUCUAAAUCGGCCCCGAAAAUUACCCCACUUUCAUUAGAAGAGAUCCUAGCAGAUGUUAACAAAAUCGUGAGGGAGCAACAGCUUUCACAUAGGGGAUUAAGUUGCGACGAAGAAUUAUUCUUGGAUUGUUGUGAACUUUUAAAAGAGUCGCACAAGAAACAAGACCCUGUUGCUGACAUACCAUCUAUAAUAAAGGAUACAGAUGAUUUGCUAUGUCCGUCACAAGCCGCCAACGUAGGAUUAGACCUUUUAGGAAAAACUGGUAUUGAUGUUAAAUCCGACAAUAAUAAAAACGAUGGCGACGUUGACUCCAUAACUGCUAAGACUAUUUUAGAAAGUGAGGAGGUCCGGAAUUUAGAAAAUGAUUUAAUCUCUGGGUUAAAGGAAGCUGCUAAUAAAAGCAAUCUGAACAAGUCUGCCACCGUUUUCCAGCAAACGGUGAAUGAUGUGGACCAGGAUCAUACGCAAGACUUUAGUGACCGCUUCUCGAGUCCUGCUGCUACUGAAGCACAAUAUGAUCAACUUAAUAAUUAUGAUGAACCAGUCGAAUUAAACGCUAUAAAAGACAAGAAAUAUCCUGAAUAUAAAGAAAAAAUGUAUCCAGACGUGGAAGAAUUUGAUAUGUUUGAAGAUAAAUUUGAUAAGAUUAAGAGGAAAUGUCGAUCUCAAGCAGCAGCGGCAAAGCUACCUCAACUUGUAGUUGAACCCAGUGUCAGUCGCAAAGGACGCAAAAAGAUUGACAAGAAAAAAGGUAAAAAAAUUUCCAAGAAGAAUCAUCCGCAUACUGUUCUAACUAAAGGGGCACUAAAAGGUUUUGACGGAAUUAAAGUAUCCAUUCCAACGUCUGAUAUAAAUAUAUCUGCAAUUGUAUCACCUUUGGAAGGCUCGCAUAAAAAGAAAAAGAAAAGUACUUUAAGGAAGAAGAGAGAAAAUAAAAACUCCGAAUCAAGUAGCAAAUAUGACAGUGACCAUCCUCUUAAUGAUAGUUCCGCUUCCUUGAAAAAUGUUGAUGUAUAUGAGUUCAUGGAUAAUGAAGAUGUGGAGUUAUUCGAAUUCAGACCAUCAACUUUAAUGGAGAGGUUUAAAAGCAUCACUAGCAAGGACACCCCGAGUACGUCGAAAGUCAACCCCGUCGUGGAGGAGGCUGACCACUCCAGUGCCAGCGGCUCUGACGGCGACGACUUCGUCUACAUGUCGGACGAUUAUGUUUGCAGCGAUGAUGAAACUGAAAACAGCUUAAUGUCUUGUGACGUAAGCAACACCAAAAUUUCCACAGACACCAAGAAAGUGUCGUCCCAAAUGAAGAAAAGAGACGCAGUUGAGAAAAACGCAGUCAUGGGAAAAAUUUUCAAAAACAACGCUGUACGAAGUGAAAAGAAAGCAACAAAGAGCAAAGAACCGGUCAAACCAAAGGCCAAUCUCGACCAGCUUUUUGACAGUUUACUGGAAGAUGAACCCAGUUCUUCGAUGCUGAACGAUGAAUCGCUGCCUCUUAAUGAUGAAGCGCCUUAUGCUUCAAAAUACGAAAACAUAAUGGCGUCUCCAAGUCGAUCUGAAGAAUUAAUACCGAAAUACGAACAAUACCAUACCAAGAAAAAAUAUAAUUUAAGUACAGACAAAGAUAAUUACUCAUCAAAAUAUAAGAAUCAUUCUUCGGAUAACGAUGAUGACGAUGAGCCUUCAUCUUUUGUUGAUUACGGCCCAUCCACUUCAAAACUCUGUUUGAAAUCGUUUAUUGGCGAUCAUAAAAGUACAAAACCUGGACUUCGUCCUUCAUUAUCACCACCCGAAUUAAAACCGGUUUCACCAAAGAAAUGUGAUAACACGUCGUUGAAAAAACAUGAACGAAUGUCUUUAAUGCAAGAUGAUUAUUUGGAUGACACAGGAGCUUCUAGGAAAGGAAACGAGGGAAUGAAAAAAAGCAAUUCUAAGUCCAAAGACGAUAGAUCGCCCGUGACAAAAAUAGACGAUAGCUUCGGAAUUUACAGUAAUUAUAAUGAAAUCGGAUUAGAAGAUUUUACAUCAGACGAAACUGGCGUAGCGAGACAAAGGGCUCGUAGAAAAUGUACAGUAGGAAAACAAAACAUUCUCGCUGAAACCUGGAGCUCAGAAUCAGAGCCCGACGGCGGCCCUCCUCGGCCAAACAGUGCGGGAUCCAUGGCUUCUGGAACUACUCGCAAAAAGAAAGGCAAAAAGAAAGACUGGCAACAUACGGGCGGGCGGCGAACUAACAACCGCCAUAUUUCUUUGAAGAAACAGGAAAUUGUAAGCAGGGUAUCUAGUAGUAUUCGCAACACCGCGAUGCAUACAAGCGGUCCUAGCUGCUUUGAGCCUGUAGACAAUAUUAGCUCAGGAAGUACACUUGCACCACUCGGAUCAUCAGAGAGAAGUGAGCCUAGCACCAGUGCAGCUAGUGCAAUCGGCGGCGGUUGCAAGUCUGUGGAGGAACCGCCGGCUAUUCCAUCCACAUCAUCGGGCGCGAGUAUAUCGUCUCCUUCCGCCGGGCCUUCUACGUCGACGGAAGGUACGGCUGGCGAUCCGUCGGAGCCGACGUUCCUCGUGCCGGCCGAGCCCAGCACGUCGGGCGGGGUACGCACCCGCACGUAUUACUGGCCCUCGGACGGCAGCGACAACGAACAAGUGCGCGAGGCUCUAGCUCGCGAGGAGCUGGCGCGCGCCGACCGCGAGCACGCGCGCGUCGAAGAAGCUCAGCAGCAGCAACAACAACAGCACGGCUGGAUCGUCGGCGAUAGCCAUAAGAAAUUAGUUACUAUGUUAGCACACGCGAAAGGUCGAAAGCGUAAUAAUAAUAACGACGACAAACGUCAUAAGACGGAGUAAGUUUAGAAUAAUUAGCGUUUAUCAAUGUUGUAAAUAUGUUGUAUAUAGUUACUUAUUUAGUUCUUUAUGAAAUGUCAUUUUUCAUGACAUUUGACCAGAAUUCUUAUAUGAUAAAUUUCAUUAAAUUGAGUUGUGUAAAUACUGUACAUCUUUUUACAAUCUAUUAGUUAAAUCUUUGUCCCUUGCAGUAUGGUAGCAUAGUUAAAUAAAAAUAUAUUUCUAUUCUGAAUUUUAUUAAAAAAAUCAUGAUUCGUGGGUGUCAAUGAUAUUGUUUGAUAUUUAAUAAAUAUCCAUAUUUUUAUUUUUUGUAUUUCGUGGCAGGUGUAAAUAUUGUAUAUUUUAUUUGAAGAGCAUAAUUUAGUUAAUGUAUGUAUACACUAGUGUUGGUUUGACACCACUGCAGAGCCUGCAGUACGGUACGAGUACGUAGCUGAUUGUUUUGAUGUAACGUAACAGUGAUAUUAAUUGAAGUUGUCACGUUUCCCCUAGACAGGGUUCACUCAGGGUGUGGAUUAUUAAUAUGAGAUCGCACCUUCCUUCAUGUGCUUGCCCAUUAAAGUAUUAGUGCUGAUUAUUAAGUGUAACUUAUAAAAAUAUUUAUUAACUUGGUGGGAAAACAUGUGAUAAGUUGAGAUAUCGCAUUAAUCGAUUCACAUUUUCUGUAUUAAUAAUAAUUCUUGCUGCAUUAUCGCAUUUCUCUUAAACGUGUUAAGAUAAAGGAAUAUCUCAAAAUUUAUGUUAGGAAACGAAAUAUUUCCGUGAGUAAUCAUUAAGUGCAUGCAUUAAAUAUAUCGCUAAAAUAAAAUUAUUAUGUGUUCCUUACAUUUAAUAAGCAGUAUGUUCUGUAGUGUCCAAGGGGGCUGACGGCGAGGUCUGAUUAAUUUGUCAUGUGUUAGUUUUAUAAAUGUACUAUUUUAUGUAGUUGUAAUACCAAUGUCAUGCAUUAUGAUGUAGUUCUUUUUCUAGUCCAAAUACGGAAAGACUAAAUAGCCCCAUUGUCAGCCUCGGAACUAUGUGAUCUUAUUUUCCGGUGUAAUGAUUUAAAGAAAGAAGACUUAUUGUUUUAAAGGUUGCGUAAUUAUCAGUAAACUGGAUUUGUGUUUAAAGCAAAAAAAGUUUAAGUCUUGAAUAAAGCUCAAUGUUGAAA